AUGCGCCUCUGGCGACGCUUUGCGCUUGGGCAUGUCCGCCGCGUGCCUGGAAGUCGGAGACUGGCGACAGAACGACCGCCACCCAAGGCUUUCAAAGGCUCCAACAUCCAGGCAGGGUCACCAUAUUCCAAGGAGCUUCGCUUGCUCGCGCAUGUCUUUGAAACUGCGACGGCUGGAGAUCCCAGCUCCGUCUGCGAUGCCAUCGAGCGCUUUGGCGAGGAUGUUUUGAAUCCCGCUGGUCAGUGGCUGAAGGUGGCGGGCCGUCAUAAGACCACAGUGCUGAGCAAAGCGAUGAAGAACUGUCCCAAAGGUGGCAGCAUCCUUGAAAUCGGCACCUACUGUGGCUAUUCCGCCCUCCGCAUGGCCAUGGCUUUGCCCGGUGCCCGGGUGGUGUCCUUGGAAGUGGACCCGGCUCACAUGGUCAUCGCGCGGAACAUGGUGGCCUAUGCCGGCAUGGCGCACAUGAUCGACAUUUGGACGGGUCAUAGCAAGGACGUCUUGCCACGCUUGCCUCAGAGGUAUGGCGGGCGACACCAGUUCCGCCUCGGUGGGGUCUUUAUGGACCAGAAGGGCUCCCGUUACCACGAGGAUCUCUCUGUGAUUGAACAGCUGGGGCUCUUGCUGCCCGGUGCCGUGGUUGUGGCGGACAAUGUGCUGAAGCCAGGUUCGCCCUUGUUUCUUUGGAGGCUUUGCAAGGGGUCGGCCUAUGACAACCACAUCGUCCGAGUAAAGGAGUUUGCUAUGCCCUCGGAGGAUUGGAUGUCUGUGAGCGUGCUGCGCCCGGAGGCCGCGGUGGAGAUGGAGUCGAUGUCGGUCGAGGUGCCCACCGUGGAACGCGGCAAAGGGCAGGCGCCGCAGGGCGCUUGGCCUGUGCCGCCGGAGGAGCUCAUCCAGCUGCAGUGGGAGUCAGACCGGAUCCGCGCGCAGGCCACUCGGCCAGGACGUGGUAGUGUUAGCUUCGCAGAAUGGGCCAGCUAUGCCGAGGGAAUGAAGGAGAAGAUGGCAAAUCAUGGCAUCUUUGAAACAGAGGAUGCUGAACAGCUGGAAAGCGGGGCCGAACUGGCACAUUCGGUGACCAUCGAUCCCAAGUCGCCAGUGUCGCCGAACCUGCGGCACAUGCGAUGUCAGGAGUUUGAGGAGGAAAACAUCAAGCUGCCAUUCCCUUGUAGCCAAUAUGGCUGCCGAGAAUUUCACGACGAUAGCAGCGGCUACUGUAUCAUCCAUCGCCACUUCAGGAUUCCUUGGAGCAUCGCGGGGUCAGUGUGGGUGUUCUUGCAGCAGCUUUGGCUGGCCUUCAUGUUCAUGAUCCUUGCGGUCCUGGAAUUAGAAAGCAAGGCGUUGUCCACUUUGAUCAUGGUAUCCUUGUGCCCAAUCCUAUGCCAAGCAAUGGCCGCCUCGAUAGGUGGCUCUGCCAUUUUGUGGCUUUGCAUCCUGGUGCCAGUGGUGGUGGGCGGCAUAGGUGGUACCUCUGCCCGCUUCAACAGUAUGUACCGCAUCUCCACGGAGCAUGAGCUCACAUUGGAAGCCUUGUGCUCACAGAUGCUGCAAGUGGUGUCAGUGCUGGAGAACUCGGCUCAAGUCUCGACCGUCUUCGGCUGCGAGGACAACACUCGGUUCGAGGAACUCAUGCAGGAGGAAAUGGCCAAUUGCCUCCGCGGCAACUUUCUACUUGCCCGUCGUCAUGCUAGGGCCUUUGAGCGAGAGGUCUGCGAACCCAUCAACUUGGCCCUGGGACGCGAUUAUUCGCCGUCUUCAGGCGUGCGUCCACAGAUCAAGACUCUCUUCAGUGCCAAAGAUGCGUUGGCUCGUCACAACAAUCCGAGGCAGUUGAUCGAUCUUCUCUACUGUGAUGUGAUUUGCGACGAUUUCCAGGAGGUGCGUUCGGUACUUCAAGCCUUGAAAGGCCGUGCGUGUGAUGAAAUCCCGGGAGGAAUGCGUGUACUUCAUGUGCGUGAUGGGUUUAGCAGAGACUUUCAAGACGGCGAAGGUCGAUGUGGUCAGAUUGUCGUUGAGCUGGAUGGAUAUCUUGCGACCGUCCGAGUCUACGAGGCUUCUCUGCGCGAGCUCCGCGAGCAAAUGGGCCGCGUGCAUCGCCUGGUCCACGGCUUUGGACUCUUUCAGGUCUGCAUGGAUUUGAUGGAUCGAGAAGCUCCGUUGAGGCCAUUUGUGGAGAUUGCGCCACCUUGGUGGUUUGCAAUUCUGCGUGCUUGCACUGGCAUUAUGCGGAUCCUAGCGCUUACCACAGCCGCCUACUUUGCGGCACAAUACUUCAUCCGCUACGGGCCGCAGGCUGCGAAAGAUAAUCUGCCCAUGUCAUUGGACUCCUUGCUUGCUUGGUCUGAUGAGCACAACAAGGACCUGAGAGCGAUCCACGAUGCCUUGGGGGAGAAUGACAACCAGCUGGCGGCCUCCUUGGUUCCCUGGCACCAGGACGCGGAUGGUGCUGCCUGGGUGCUGGGCCUUAUCUAUUCCAUGCCAUACGUCAUUCAUGUGGCCAUCUUCAUUGGGGACCUGCUGCGCCGACCGAGCUUCAGCAACCUGACCAAUGCGCCCCUGAAACGGCUGAAGCCGAUGCACACGAUCUACGAGAAGUACUUUGGUGUGCAGGGGACGUUUUACACUGCAAAGGUGGCGCUGCUCCAGUUGGGCGCCUUGCCACUGCAGUGCUUCGGAAAGAUCGGUCUCCUGGGGUCCAUCGCGACCGCCGGUGUGUUCGCGGACUACAUGGCCUGGCACAGUGGAGAGCAAAACAAUCAUGCUGGAGACUUGCUCAUCACCGGCUAUUGGAUCUUCGUGUUCUUCCUCGGCGUGAACUCCCUCUACCCGGCCAUCCUCAUUAGUUUUGGUGAGAUCCCCUGGACGGCCUUCUUGAUCGCCUGCAUGGAUGCCAUCGUGCACCUGUCAUACAUCCUCAUCUACCUCUCGAUGAGCUUGAUCUCUUUGCACAAGUUGCGCUUCAAAGACACCGUGGUCUUUUUGGGCGAUGUGGCUCUAAGACUCAGCAACGAGCUCAACCCAAUUUUUCCGUUCCCCACCACCUUCCUGGGUUAUGUCUCCAUCUACAUCUCCUUGGUUCAUGUGUGCUGCGUUUGCCGGGUUCUGGAGGAUACCGGCGCCCAAUUUGCCUUGAAGCGCUCGGAAGAGGAUGGAGUCAACCGGAGCUAUUCGAGUUUCAGCCUCAGCACCGGGAAGCCUUCGACGUCCUUGUGGCAAGGCCUACGGAAGCGUACCCGCUUUGGUGUGUCCUUCUUGUACUUCCUGUUGAUGAUUGGCAUCGUGUUGUGCUCCAUCGUGAACCAGCAUGCUUAUCCGAAGCAAGUGAUGGAUCCCAGGUGCUACCCCUGCACGUGCAACCAGGUCUCGGAUGGGAGCCUGCGUCUUGAAAGCUGCUGGCUGGCAUCCACGCUGCGUUUCAAGUACCUGAAUUUGGCACAGCGCGGCAUCAGCGAAGUGGCGCCCAACGCUUUGGCACCUUUGGGCCAGGACUUGCUCAUCUUAUCUCUGGCGUCCAAUGAGCUGAGCCGAUUACCUCCCGGUGUCUUCCGAGGUCUUCAUCAAGCACGGCUAUUGGACCUCAGCCAUUGCUCGCUGUCAGAUCUGGCCAAGCCUACCUUCGAGGGGCUGAUGCGGUUGGGAAGUCUUUCUUUGAGUGGGAACCAUAUCAAAGACUUGCCGCCAGAUGUCUUCCAGCCCAUGAAGGAGCUAAAGCAGAUCUUGUUGGGCGGUCCUCGGCGCAACGUGGGCUUGGACAAGCGCUUUGGCCUCCCUGCGGUGCCUGUCUUGGGAAAUCUCCUGACAGAUCUGCCACCGGGGAUCUUUAAAGAUCUCAAGUCGCUCGUGCGGGUCGACCUCAGUCAGAACAGACUUGCCACAUUGCCCACGGGUGUCUUUGACUCCUUGCUGCACCUGGAACACUUGGAGUUGAGGGACAACCUGUUGGAGGAGCUGGGAAAGGAGGCCUUUCACAACCUUCCAGCUCUGCGCAACCUAUCUCUGCAGAACAAUGUCCUGAGGAGCAUCGACGACAGAGCCUUCAAUGACUUGAGAUCUUUGCGCCACUUAGACCUCUCCAAGAAUCAGCUGGUCGGAAUUUUGCCAAAGCUCCAAGGCUUGAGCAGAUUGCAGAACUUGGACCUCUCAGAGAACCACUUGAGGGACGUGAGCCCAGGUGCAUUUGUGCUGCUGCCGAGUUUGACGGCGCUGGAUCUGUCCGGCAAUCACUUGAUGAACCUGUCGGGAGCGGGGUUGGAGGAGCUGAAGAACCUGCAGGCGCUCCGCCUGGCGGAUCUUCGCUUGGUUUCGCUGCCGACGUCCCUGCCCUCCUCGCUGCGGAGCUUGGACGCGCGGAGCAGCGAUUUGAAAAGCCUCGACGCUGGAGCUUUAGAAGGCCUUGACCACUUGGAAGAGCUUCACCUUCAAGACAAUCUGCUCCUCAGCUUGAUGUUUCCUUUGCGACUGCCAGAGCUCCGGGCAUUGAAUGUCAGUGGGAAUUUGUUGACAGACUUUGUGCCCGGGGCCUUUCAGUCCCUUGACAAGCUGGAGACCCUGGAUCUUUCUUGGAACUUCCUGUCCAACUUCACUGCCGGAGCGUUCCCUGCAUCGCUGCAAGUGCUGAACCUCUCCUUCAACCUCUUGGGAUCUCUUCCACCCUCGGCCUUCGCCCAGAAUGGGAAGAUGUGGUCCUUGCGGAUGCAGUCCUCGAACCUUAGCGAUGUUUCAGAGGGCUUUGUGAACUUGACUUCGCUCAAGGACUUGGAUCUUGCGAGGAAUCGCCUGGCAGAACUCCCACUCUCAGCCUUCGAUGCCUUCGGAGAGCUCCUUCGCAUAGAGAUCGCCAUCCACCACGCGCCGGAGGAGACGGCGAACGUCAUGGUGCGGCCCGAGGUCCGAUCGCUGCAACCGGAUCAGUGCCCCAUCCAGGGCAUCAGUGUGCGCUCGGUGGACUUCGUGGCGCCGGGCGAGGCGGUCGUGGAGGCCACGAGCUCUUGGAGCAUCGUGAGGCUCUGCUCGGUGCUCUUCGGGGACAUGGCCGGCCAGGUGAUGAACUACUUCUUCCGUGAUGCUGAGCCAGUGGCAUGGCACCAAGAGGUACGCCGGAACUAUCCCAAGGCCGGCGACAGCGGCUGCGCCUUCUGGAAGGAAGAGGAUGGUGACGACAGGUCCCAGGAGUUCAUGGUCCUCGUACGGCCUGAUGGGAGGGGCACCUUCACCACCUAUGUGGUGGUGCGAGUCUAUGAGGAUCGCUUUGCGCAGUGGGCCCAGGAGCACUUCAGCCUCGUCUUGAGCUCGGCUCGCAGCACCGCGGUGAGCUAUUUGAACCGCCCGGGGAUCGUAGAGCUUCGGAAGCAGGACGAACGCUUCUACGUGACCAUCUCCAUGCAGAGCUUCAAGCGUGGUAUGCCUUUGUUACCCGCCUUUCCCAGCGAAGCCGCUGUGACUGAAAUUGAUGCUGGAGAGCCCUAUGGGCUUCGGCGCUGGUUGCGCUAUGAGCCGAAUUCGCAGAAGUUCCACUUGUCCUCCUAUUUGCAGGUCUUCCUGGCCCGCUUGGGAUAUCAGGUUGACACCUAUGAAAGUUUGGAUGGCCAGACUUUGGUGCCCUACCAAUGCGUGGUGCGCCGUGACCAGUGGGAACUUCUUCGCGAGCGCUUUCUGUCGGCCUACGCGCUGCAAAAGACCGCCUAUCGCCGGGCCAAUGGCGGUUCCGGGGCACCAGGAAUGCACGAGGAAGUUGUGCCGAAGUUCGUGGUGCUGCCGAGGGAUGAGCAUCUCCAGGAGCGUUUGGAGAAGGCAAUGGAGCCGCGGUUGGUGGUACGAAAGACCUUCUUCGACUUGGAGGACCCCUCUGAGGAGGAGGAAGAACCACAAGCCCCCUCGCGCCGGCCUCGCGCCGGCCCAAGACCACUGCGCUUGGGCGACCAGUCCUGGUGGUAUGAGGCAGUUGAAGUUGAGGUGGCCUCGGCCAAGCCAUCGUGGGAUUUACAGCGGCGCUUCUGUAAAGUGCUUGUAGAGAUGCAGCUGCCGCUGAUUUGGUCCUUGGACUUGUCCCAGAACCACCUGGAGUGCCUCGAGGGGAUCUUCCCACUUGAGCACCUCUUGGAGUUGAAUCUCUCCCACAACAACCUCACCGCGUCUUGCAUGCUGGGUAUUUUUCAGAACUUGAGCACCUUGGAAAGUCUGGAUCUCUCCUUCAAUCACCUCAAGUCCCUCGAGUCCGGCCUGUUUCAAGGGCUGGCUGGGUUGGAAGUGCUGAGUGUGAGCCACACGGGGCUCACAGAUCUCUCGUGCAACGUGUCGGAGAGGACCUCUGUUGGGGCAACGGCAGAAGGCCACCGGCUUCUUGAUGACGGUGCUGCCGGUGCAGAAGGAGCAGAAGGGGGAUCGCAUGGGAUUUUUGCACAGCUUCCCUCACUUCUGGUGCUCAACAUGUCUGGGAACCACUUCGCUGAGCUGGAGCUGGACACCUUCCAAACGCUUGGGAACUUGUAUACUCUGGACCUCUCCGACACGGCCUUGGCGAACUUUAGCAUGGAGCACUUUCAGGACAGUUCCAACUUGAAGUUCCUUUUCCUCUCCGACAAUCUCAUUGAGGUGCUGCCAAAGCUGAGGGGUUGGAACUUGAAGGUCUUGGACUUGGCGCGGAACCGCUUGAGCAACGUCAGCGGUUUGGAUGGUGCUGUGAUUGAAGAGCUGCACCUGGAGGAGAAUGAGAUCCUCUCGGUGGACAUGCAUGUCUUUUCAGCGUCCCUGCGCUCGUUAAACCUGGCGCGGAACCGGCUGAGAAGCCUGGAGAUGUCGGGAGAGUUCUGGACGCAACUGGAACAACUGGACCUCUCCGAGAAUCAGCUCGUAGAGAUCCAGGAUGGCUUCUUCAAGCACCUCACCGAGCUGAAGAUCUUGAGAUUGUCCUGGAACCGGCUUCGAACGUUGAGCUGGUCGAUGGAGGACUUGCCCAACUUGCACGUUUUGGAGCUCGCAGGGAAUCAAUUUGACGCCAUCCCUUGCAGUGCAAGGAGCCCGGAGGUGCUGAACUUGAGAUGGAAUCAAGUGGUUUACGUCGAGGAGGAGCUACCCUGUUUGCAGCGGACCCGUAUGUUGGACUUAUCUCACAACAAGCUUCGUGUUGUGAAGCUGGCUCCUUUGACUCGUUUGCUGGAGCUUCAGUUGGCCGCCAAUGAUAUCGUUUGGAUGCCCGACUUGCCGAUGAACCUGCAGGUCCUGGACCUCAGUGACAAUCCGCUGCAGCCUCCAAACAGAGAUCAUCCGCACAUUUUGCCUCCACUGCCGGCCUUGUUUACCUUGCGCCUGCGAAAUCUGAGCCUCUCCGCUUUGACCCAGUGGACCUUCCAACAGAUGCCACGUUUACGCGUCCUCGACGUGUCCCAGAACCGACUGGCGUAUCUUCCAGCGGGCAUUUUCCAGGGCAUCUUACAUCUUCGGAUCCUCCAGCUCUCGGACUGUGCCUUGCGGCUCAUCAACCCCGAGACCUUGGCCUUGCCCCGCUUAGAGGAGCUGGAUUUGGCUGGAAACCUUUUGGAGGUGAUUCAGCCAAGAGCCUUCCGACAUCUCUUGUCUCUUCGAAUCCUUGAUCUCAGUGACAACCUCUUGGAGGCACUGCCAUCGCUUGACCUGCCAAGCCUUCAAUGGUUGGCUCUGCAGCGGAAUCGUCUCCAGUCUUUGGAGGCGGACGCCUUUCAGCAUUUGCGGUGCCUGGAGAACCUGAACCUAGCGGAGAACCAGCUUCAGGCGCUGGCACCAGGUGUGUUUGGACCCUUGUUGGAUUUGAAGGUCCUGAACCUCCUGCAGAAUCCAUUGGACGCCCUCGCUGUCAAGUCCUCUUUGCCGAAAGGCCUUAUCCUGCGCUGCACCUGUGUGGGACGCCAAGGAGCUUUGCAGGGCUGCUGGUGUUCCCAAGAGGCCUUCCACUAUUACCCCAGGGUGCCUCCUCUUCGGGCUGGUGAGGCAUUUGUCAUGAGAGACUCCAAGUGA